ACAUGUUUCUUUAGCACUAUUAUAAUGUUAAUGUAACAUAUAUCACGAGAUCACGUCGAGAAAUAACGGUCUCUCUUAUAAAAUAAGUUUAACAUUUUUCUUUCUGUCAGUUUUAACAGAUAAAUUCUGUCACUGAUAAUAAGGAACAUGUUUAUUAUUUAAAAUUAAAAGUACGUGCACGUAGUGUUACUUUUACACUUUUUUUCAGUUAUUCUAAAAAUUUAACACUUAACUUAAAGUAACACGACAGCAAUAUGUUAAAGCAAACGUGUUAAAUUUUAACCAAGACCGAUUUUAAUGUAAUACAAAAUGUUUUUUUACUGUGUAUUCGACAAAAAUACUUGAAUUAAAGAAAUUUAAUCAAAUUGAAAAAUUCAACCAAAUUAACAACUUUUUUUUGUCAAUAUAUGAAAAAAUAUAAUUAAUAAAAGGUCAGUAUAUUUGACAGCUUUUAAUAACAGCCGUUAUGAAAAAAAGUUUCGACUUUAUAUCACUAUCUUAAUUAUCGAUCUAUCUGAUGAAUCUUUUUUUUUUCAAUGAGCGCUAUGCGCUCCAAUAGAACUCUUUUCAUCAUCUUGUGUUCCGCGUGUGCUAUUAAGUUAUUAUACUUCGGCUACGUGGCGCAACAUUGUGUGCCUCCGGCUGGCGAACGGGCAGCGAAACGGAACCAAAAUUACGUGCUAUUACAAAUUAUUGAUUAUGCCGUACGCGUUGCGCCAUUCACGUUUAGGGCAACGAGCGGCCGGCACCCGCCGUGCUACGCGAGCCGCAAAAUCGCCGGCGCGUUCGUUCGAAGAUGGUGUCCUGGAGACUUCGACGUACGGUAAUCGCGUACAUGAAUCCGAGCAACCCGGAAUAACGUGUCGAGAUCAGACCGACUAUGAAAAACUCAUUUCGCACGCGUGUGACAACGAAAUAAAAAAAAAUAGAAAAAAUAACGACAUGCACCGGACUCCUUCACACCUUCACGUUUCCCUUUCAUACUUUUCCCCGGGUGAGCUUUCGUUUCUUUCUCGCGUCUUCCAAUCGAUCAUGAUGCCUUUAACGGCCUUCCCCGUACGCUAAAUGCAAGACGUUUGAAUAAUGUCCCGUGCGCAAAGAUUUUUCUCUCGCGGUUAUAAAUUGACGUAACACUUGUAUGCAUUUAUUUUCAAGUUAGAGGUCGAAGCGCAUCGAAAAGCGUUCGCCACGUAGAUACUUCGAGCUACCUCGCCUUCUUCGUCAUUCUUCUUCUUUUGGAUUUCGUUGAAAUCGCACGUCGCCACGGAACGAUCGUCGCGUAUAUCAUCGACAGCACUGUCGUUUUCACACCUUUAUGGACGGACCGCGUCCUCGGCCUAGAAAUCGUGAUCAUUCACAUCUCCCGGGUUAUAGCGAAACGUAUCUCCGAACGAAUAUCUGGAUAUUCCAGAUCGUCGUUCACACAUACACACAUAGAUGCGAUAUCCUGAAAUUCGCUUCGUACUACCUCUGAAAUAUACUUCGUGCUUCCUCUCAAGUUGCUUUUCCUUUAAAGAGGUCGAAAGAGUAUCAAAGUGAAUUCAAACGAUUGAAUUUUUUAUGCGACACAGUCAAUAAACUCCAUUUCCUAUCUGCGAAAUUUCGUUAAAAUCUGCUAAAUCGGUGUAUGGAAUAAUGAAUUGUUUUUCCUUAUGAGAUUUUGUUUUCGAUCAAAAAUAGUAAACAUGAACUUUAUGACAAUUUUAAACGUUCUGCGGCUCCAUCGGAAAUCGAAGUUUUAAUAUGUCACAUAAAAAAGUAUAUUUGACGACCAUUUGACCGAGUAAUUACAGGUAUAAGGUACGACGUAACACUGUAAAGUAUGCAUAAGAGAUAAAAAAAUAUAUGCACUAGAAUAAUACUGUAUAUGUAUCGAAAAAUACAUAUUUCUAACCAGAUUUAUCAAACGUUGAAAACAUUGUAUUUCAAUCCUAUUAAAAAAAAAAACAUGUUUAACAGUUCUCACUUUGGCUAACAAGGUGUCGAUGGAACAAAGUUCUCGAUUUUGCGAUCGAGUAAAAUCUCUCCUAGUUCAAAAUCUAAUAAAAGACUCCGCUUAUUUUAAUUGCUCUAAAUCAAAAUGAACCUAUUGCCCUAAAUGUCGCAACUGUAAAUUUAUUGCCCUAAAUAUGUAACUUUGGCACGGGUUCGAUCGAUAAUUCGGCACGACGAGUAUCGACGGCGCGCAUGAUCUGUUUGUAUCCUCUGACGUAGAUUUAGUUAUUCUAGUUUCUACGAGGUACGCGCCUCCCGCGGGUGAAGCUGAGCGUGUGACGAAUAACAAGCGAGCAAUUUUCGUUCGCAACGCUCCCCGCUUACUGAUGGCCCUCAUUGGGGCACGCUUUUUCGGAGAAAGGACUUAGAUAAGAGUGACGUGAUGAUUUUCGAAACCUCACCUUAGAUCGCUUGCGAAACGAGCUAGUCCUGCAUUCGUUGUGCAUGCCUGUUUUCAUAAAUACCAACGUGUUUCAUUAGCCUACCUGAUAGCCGGUGUACUCCCUCUGCCAUCUAAAAUCAUACCUCGAUGCGAGGCACGUAAUUUUACGAGAUGACCUCGCGAAACGUCCAAAAAUCGUCCACAUCUCCCAAGCGUAAUUUUAUUCCGCUUGAAAUUUCGUUGCAAGCUGAUACCCAUUUUUCUCAAUUUCACGAUGUUUGCGUUUCAAGCGAGCCUGAACUGAACGCGCAACGGAAUAUUUUAUAUCCCGUCUCUCUCGCCUGUAUCCGAAUAUCCCCGUCGAGAGUCGACGUGAGCGCCGGCUAAGCCAGCCGAGCAGCGCUACGUUACUCUCGCCGAUCGCUCUCCUCCUCGAGCGGAGCCAGAUGACACCAAGGCCAGGCGGCCGAACGAGAAGAUUUCUCGCGCCAAGUGCGCUGCGCGCGCUCUCGCGAAGGCGAGAGAACAGGAGAACGUCCUGGGGAGACGAAAAAAGGGUCCCCUGACCAGGGUCAAUCGCGCGAGCGGGACGUCCCGUUGCCUGAAAGGUCCUUCGGCAGAGGUCCUUCGGUCCCCACCUACGAUUCCUCGCGGGGGUCCCCCUCUCUUCUCCCCCCUUUCAAAACAGUCGGUCUCGUGUCUCCCCUUAUGUUCUUUCCCCCCCCUCUCUCGUCGGCAUCUGCCUCCCACGUUCCCCGGGAGUCUCACCUGUGGCCGGUAGCAUCCUCCUGCACUCCCGACGAGGACUUUCUCCGAAUGACGGCCAACUAUAUAAGCGAGAUGCACGCUGUUUGAAGCACGUUAGACGAAAUCGCACGGGUGCGUCGAACAGGCCACGCCGUGUCGCCGCGCCCCCUGAUUGCAUCUGUUUCUUCCCUUUUUUUUUUUUUUCGUAAGUUCACCCCGCACGCAUAACGCGAGACUCGGUUCGAGACAGCCUGGGGAAGGAGGGAGAGAGAGAGAGAGAGCCUUCGUUCUUCGUACGGGACGCAAAUUCGUGCAUGUGACUCGGCGUCGGGGAACUCUGCAGAGAAUACCUCCACGAGACGACUUCGAUCGCCAUCGGGGACCAUGAGGUCCGCGAGAAGAAACUGGGCCCCUCUGGCAGCGACCGCGCUGGUCGCGACGGCCCUACUACUCAGGCCCAUCUACGCUGAUGCGCCUGUCUCGGGCAGCUAUCUGCCACCAUCAACCAGCUACGGCACGCCUAAUCUAGGAGGUGGCGGCGGCGGCGGCGGCGGCGGUUAUUCCGGCGGCGGCGGGGGAGCAAUAUCGACGAGCUACAGCGCGCCAGGAGGCGGCGGCGGUGGAUUCGGCGGCGGCGGUGGAUUCGGCGGUAGCGGCGGCGGCGGUGGUGCGCCUUCCGGUAGCUACGGAGCACCACCGUCCUCGAGCUACGGCGCCCCAAGUCGACCUCCGUCCAGCAGCUAUGGUGCACCGCCGUCCAGCAGCUAUGGUGCACCUCCGUCCAGCAGCUAUGGUGCACCGUCUAGCGGCGGCGGCGGCGGCGGCGGUUUCGGAGGUGGUGGCUUCGGCGGCGGAGGCAGCGGUGGUUUCGGAGGCGGCGGCUUCGGCGGUGGUGCGCCUUCCGGUAGCUACGGAGCACCACCGUCCUCGAGCUACGGUGCCCCAAGUCGACCUCCGUCCAGCAGCUACGGUGCACCCCCGUCCUCCAGCUAUGGGGCACCGUCUAGCGGCGGUGGCGGCGGAUUCGGCGGCGGCGGCUUCGGCGGGGGUGGUUUCGGCGGUGGUGGUGGCGGCGGUGGUCGACCUUCCUCAAGUUACGGUGCACCGUCGGGAGGCGGCGGCAGGCCAUCGUCCACGUAUGGUGCACCUUCCGGCGGCGGCGGAGGUGGUUUCGGCGGCGGCGGCGGUUUCGGAGGUGGUGCACCGUCCUCGAGCUACGGAGCACCUUCCUCGACUUACAGCGCGCCUUCGACGCGCUACAGCGCGCCUUCCUCGAGCUACAGCGCGCCGUCCUCGAGCUACGGGGCACCGCGCGGCGGCGGUGGCGGAGGCGGCGGCGGGGGAUACCCGUCCGGAGGUAAACCGUCGUCCAGCUAUGGAGCGCCCAGCUCCGGCGGUGGCGGCGGCUUUGGAGGCGGUGGUUUCGGAGGAGGUGGCUACUCCGGCGGCGGUGGUGGUGGAAUAUCUUCGAGCUAUGGUGCACCCUCGGGUGGUGGCGGCGGAUACUCCGGGGGUGGUAGCGGCGGUUACUCUGGCGGUGGCGGUUUUGGAGGUGGCAGUUCCGGUGGUUACUCCGGAGGCGGCGGUGGCGGUUAUUCUGGCGGCGGCGGUGGCGGUUACUCCGGCGGCGGCGGCGGCGGUGGUGGCAGGCCCUCGUCGUCCUACGGUGCUCCGAGCGGCGGUGGCGGCGGACAGAGCUACGCCAGCAACGGAGGAUACCAAUACUAAUCCAGACAUGUGUUCACCCGGCGAGACGAUCUUCGUGCUUCUCAAUCACGUCGGCUUCCGUCAUCAGACUUUUCCGGAUUGGACGACGCAAACCACCGGACUCAUCAAGACUCGCCAGUUCGAUCGAUCAGCCC